GACUGACACAUUCAUCUCUUCUCCUCCCCCAGCUGCCUGGUGACAAGCUGUCACCUCUUUAGUUUUCAUCUGACCCAAAGGCACCUGUCACUCCUCUCCGGAGACUCCAUCCUCCGCGUUUGGCUCGAUUUCCAGGGGCUCUCUCCUACCCAGUCCCGGAUUGGGAGCUGGACGGUGCCCAUUUAGCCAGAAUGGGGAUAUCCAUCACUCCAGGUGGCCUCCUGUUACAGCUCUAGAGGCCCAUGAGGACGGACUCUCCCUCUCCCUCUCCUUUUCCCUCUCCCAGUUUGCUUUCCGGAGAUGUCAUUGUGAUGCAGAGAGCGGCUCACGGUUUCCCGGGCUGUGAGAGGCCUUUGUUGGGCCGGCCCCACCCCUUGUGUCCCUGUCCGGAGAUUUUUCCUUCUUUUCCUCCUGCCCUCCUGAAGCCAGCAGUGGGUUGCAGGACAUCUGCAGUGAAAAACGUACUUAGGGCUGCAAAGCGGCAGCUGGACCCAGAGGCGCGGUCGGGUCUCCCCCGUGGAACGGGUGCCAGCUCGGCUCUGCUCAGCAGUCCCCUGCAGAAGUUCCCGUAUCUCCGGAGAGCCCCAUGGAGGGGGCGCUGUCCGCGGCUGUGGCUUUUGCUUCUGGGCCAAGGGCUGCUUCAGCUGCCGGACUCCGGAGCCGGCCUCCUCUCUCUGGGCCACUCCCCAUGUUUCCCAGGCAGUAGGUGAUCUCCGUAGGACAUGCUGUCCACCCCCGUGCGCCCCUCUUUCUUCCACUCUAACCCAGUGGCAGUAGCUCCUUACUUGCGCCCCUCAGGGAGGCAGCUGCUCAGCCCACAAGUGUCCAGUGAGCGUGCUCCCACGUGGGAGGCUUCUGGGGAGCUCCUGGCUCCCAGCUUCGGCCUGACCCAGCCCCGACCAUUGCGGGGCGUUUGGAGAGUGAGCCAAUGGAUGUCAUCUCCUUCUCUAGCCCGCGGCCUCCAAUCAUGCUCUCCCUGCUGCUGACGGAGGAAGAAGCGGCGAUUUGCAUUCAGGCUUUCUGGAGAGCCUAUCUGGUCCGCUGCGAUCCCGAGAUUCAAGAACUGCGCCAGUGGCAGAAGCAGCUGCGCGAGGACAAGCACAUCCGCCAGCGAGUCCGAAUGUUUUGGACCAAACAAGAAAUAAAAGGUGUAUCUUACGGAUUUGGAAGGCAGAGUUACAGAGAUGGAGAUAUACACACACACAUUCCAUUUGCUGAUUCACUCCCCAAAAAGUUGCCAGAGGGGUCUGGCCGGCUGAUGUCAGGCGCCUGGGACUCCAUUUGGGUCUCCCACUUGAACCGUCCUCUGCUGCUUUCCCAGGUACAUUAGCAGGGAGCUGGAUCACCAGCGAAGCCAUCAGGACUCAAACCAACACUGCAAAUAGAGGACGCUGGAGUCACAGAGGCAGGUUGACCAGAUGUACUACAAUGCCGCUGGGGUGGGGUAGGGGAGGAGCCCACCGGCCCACCC